GUGAAUGUUAAAAUUCGUGAAAUUGUCUUUUAGAUUGUCUAUUAAUUAUGUGAACAGAUAAUCAUCCUGAAAUGUUCGUAUUAGUGUUCCAAAACUUUGUUGUAGAUGAAGUCAAGUUUUUUUUUAGGUAAUAUAGUGGAAUUUUGAAAUUAUGGCUGACGAUCCAAAUCGAGAUAUUUUGCCUGUGAGAGAAGGUUCUUGUGUGGAUUCUUGUCGCAGUAGUAUAGAUCCCAGGGAGCGACACAUUGUAUUUAAACUCGAUCGUUACCAACUGGAAGACAGAUAUUUACGACUGCUUGAUGAAGCAAAUAACUUAAAAAAAUUAACAAACUGUCAGGAAGAUAAGAUCAAACGAUUGACAACAAAGCUGAUGAGAGCAACUGGCAAUUCAAGAUCAUGCACAAUUGCCUUAGACGUUUAUGAGGAUAAGAAUAAAAUAAUCACUCUUGAACUUGAGAACUCCAAGCUGAAAGAUAAAGUCUCGGUGCUAAGAAAUCAACUGCUGAGUCAUACAAUAACAGGUAGAUCGUCAUCAAGAAGUCGUAAUCCCCAAGCGAGGCCUUCGUCUGGACGCACAACAUGCCGAAGUGAAAGCAGCCGCGCUAAGAUACCAUCUUGUCACUGUAUUGACGACAAUGCGCGAUGUAAUCUCAAUAAAAUCGAGGAAUUGGAAGCGCAGAAGAAAGAAAUGUCUAAUCGGAUAACUGAACUAGAGGAAGAAUUGUCUACUUAUACAGCCAUGAACCAAAGGGAGAAAGUAGCAGAGAACGUUGAGUACAUAAGAGUCUGGCGACAAAUGAAGCAACUGAAUGAUAAGCUAAUAGCCACUGAGAACGAGAACGAGUCGUUGAAUGCGCAAAUCAACGAUUUGAAGAGGGAGCUUUACGAGAAGACGAAGAACAACGAAACGAUCAGGACGGAGCUCCUGACAGAGAAGAAACGAGUGGCGGAGAUUGACGAACAGAUGUUAAAGGCGAAGGAUUCUCAACUUUCGCUGCGAGAGAAGGAUGAGCAUAUAAAGGACCUGGUAAACGAGAUGAAGAUAUUGCAGCAGCACAACAGCGAGCUCAUCGACCUCAGCUCCAAAUAUGGCGAAGUCGAGCUAGAGAACAAGGAGUUAAAGAAAAAAGUCACGGAGCAGCUUCACGAUCAAGAAACUUUGAAAACCGCUUUUAACACCGAACAGGCUAAUAUCGUGGCGCUGAAAACAUCGAACGAACAGUUACUCGGGAAACUCGAAGAACUACAGAAGAAUAUAGACAGUUUAACGGUACAGUUAACGUGUUUUCAGACACAGACGGAAAAACAGGAAACGACAAAGACUACGCCAAUAUCGACGAAACAACCCGAGACGAAGAUACCAAUGAUAAUCGACAGAUGCGAAUCGCACAAAGAUGCCAGCAUUCAAGUGGAAAAAUGCAAUAUUCUUCGCAAUAUUCAAGUGGAAUAUUGCGACGCGCUCGAAAAGAUUUUUGAGCUGGAUAUCGCUAGGAAAGAGCAGAAAUGCAAAGGAUGUUGCGAACCAUCAUCACAUGUAAACACUACGAAUGCAAUCCAAAAAUCUAUUAAAUUGAUGGAUAGAUCGGUGCAGACAGAACAUGGAUCCGGCGUAUCCACCGUAGACACGAAAGAUCUGGAAAUUACAACACCUAUAAAAGAAACAUCGAAAAUGGAAGAACCACAAAUUGCGACGCAAAGUACGGAUCCUGCAAUAGUUACAAAGAAUUAUUUGACUCCAGAUAAAAUGCUGAAGCUUCUGGAACAAGCACAGAUAAGCACAUCUACGGACGCAGCGAAAUUUAAUCAGAAACACAUGGCUACUGAUGCCAACUACAGUGACGUGAUGGAUCAGAAUCAGAGACACAGGCAAGUUGUCUCGCUUGAGAAACUGCUCUUCGGUGACUCUAAUUGCUGUUGCUUAGAGACACUUGUACAAGGAAUUCAAGAAGCCGCAGCUCUUCAAGUCGGUCUCCAGCAACAGAAAAAAGACAAUGCUUCUCAGUCAACGGAUCCUAAUGCAGUAUUAUCCGUAUUGUUUAAUAUUCUUCAAGAAUAUACAUACAUGAUACCCCAUGAAGCCAACACUCCGUAUCGUGCAAUUCCACCAGUUAAGUAUCAAUUCGUGAAAGACAUCAACAACAAUGAUACGACAUUAAGCAGUGUUGCAAAGAGUUCGAUUCGAUCUGGUUGUAGCACAAGAAAAUAUUGCUCGAAUCCUUACAGUAAACAAGAAAAGCCGAAGAGAAAAUUAUUGCCCAAUGCGCAGAGUUAUAGUCGACCGGUUAAAGUGUCUGAUGACAAUGAUUGUACUUGUAGCAGCUUACUGAGGUGCAAUCUAGAUAUACAAUGUGACCGAUGUUGCUGUAAUUCCAUUAAACCGCUUACGUGCAACUUCAACAAUACGCAAAUGCAAUGCAAAGGACAGGCAAUAAAGAGCAAGAACGACUUGAUCGACUCGAAGACACCUUUUCACAACGAUUCUCUCGCACCUACAAGAAACUGCUAUAUACCAAGAACUUUAGGCGCAUUAAACAUUUCUCGUCAGUUGCAGGACGACAAAUCUGGUCCGUACAAAUCUCCAGAAACGCGUGAGACUGUGCAGAACAGAAAUAACUCUUCCGCCAACAAUAAAUCGUUACAGGAAUACAUCAAAUACCUAGAUAGAUGCAAAAAAACCGUGAGUGGGAUACCAGUGAAUGAAAUCGUGAAGCACGUGCGAAAUAUUGACUCGAUACAAUACCAACCUAUACAUAGAGGACCUAAAUCUGAGGUUCAGAAAGUAGACUCUUUCUGCAGUGCCGAUUGUCCAAACGAGUGUGUCGAUACUACGAGUGCCUUUUCUGAUUCAUUUCCGUUAGUAAUCGCGGAUGGUCAGGGUCUGGUGGAGCUUCACAUCGUAUCCUUACAGCUUUCCACGUCCGCUAAGCAGAUCCUUUUCCGAGAAAAGGACAUUAGCAACGUGUUGUUGUUCGUGAGCUGGAACAUUUGGAAUCAAGAUACAACCUACACGCCCACGCUCAAAUGUCCCAAGCUGAACUUCAAUUCGUCGUUCGUCUAUCGAAUAUCAGACCUAUUCUCCUUCUUCAAUUACAUUCUUCUAGAACUCGUGACCUUCCAAGUGAACGUGUUUCACGACAACGACAACUACAUCGUAGCCAAAGGGAAGCUUUGCAUCAAAGAUAUAUUGGACUAUCCACAAAACAAACUUCACUAUAUCAUACCCGUGAACAGUGUACUCCCUUGCUCGGUUGCAAUGAAUUUUGGUCAAUUGUCUCUAUGGGUCAGACUAAGCUGUGACAUCGAGCAAGUAGAAGCGUUCAAAAGAAGAUACGGUAUAAUAUCAGAGCCACCGCUGAAAACGCUCAUUCCAGAGAAACCGCCGAAAUUGAAGGAAGUUGUUCCACCAAAAGACGAUCCGUUGAUGUUAAAGGAUGAAAGUUCCAAAAUAGAGGACAGAGAUCCCGGAAAAUUGCCUGAUGUAACAACGACGAGCAUAAUCGAGCCUACUUAUAUUGACGAAUCAAGUGAAAAUUCUAUUGAUGUCCCUUUGUCAACAACGCAGUUGAAGCAUGACGACGCUUCCUUCACCGUAGUGAAAAAGAGCGUAGACAAAACUGACAAUUUAGAUUCGAACGCGGAAUUCCAUACGGAUGAACAUAAAUCUACUUUUACGGUUAAGUGGGAUGACACGCUCAAAAAAACCACAGAGAACGAGAUUGUAGAGAAAUUUAAAGAUGUGAUUUUGAAUAGACCGAAGCCUAUGAAAACUACAGAGAAGUCAAACGGAGAAUCUAAAAUGGGGAGACCAAGCGUGGUAGAAUUUAAUGCUUUCGUCUCAAACGGUAAAACGGAUGAGCCAGAUCGGACAAAAUCAGUCGAUUCGAUCUCCGAGGUGACCAACGUGAUCGCGGAUAAAAACUGGCAACAAUAUAAGGAACGCACUACGUUCACUUUCAAGGACUCGCCUACAGAAGAGUUGUCAUCUGAUUAUAUUGCUGAUGAUAAAGACAAUGACCUUGGAAAGGACACAAUUAUCAUUGAAAUCAUGAAUUUGGUUUUAUUCCCAAAAAGCACCGUAAUGCAGAAUCCAGAGUAUCAGCUCCUUUACAUCGAAUAUUGUUUCCUGGGUUAUUGUGGAGCUGACAUGGAAACGGUUUCAGUGAAGAAACCGCAACCACCAAACCAGAAGUUAACAUAUAAUUUUAGAAGAAAGUUUCGAGUGCAUGAAGAGAAGUACCCGUUGCAAAAUAGGAUCUUAUGCGCGAUGCUGGAUCAGUCUAUUAACUCUAACAUAAAGUUUAUUGUCGUAUGUGAACCGCUUCCUGAGGAAACUGAUACGAAAGAGUGUGUGGAAGUUGGGUUCGCUAAUUUUAAUAUAAGGGACUACGCGCUAGGAAGUGGUGAACAGAUUAUGUCAAUCCCGGUGUAUACUCCAGACACUACGGAACAAAUUGGUCUGCUGAAGAUCUACGUGUUAGGCUUCGAUACGAUACAUCAAUAUUUCGGAAGACGCGAAUCGAUAUUAUAAAAUCACUGUAAAAUUAAAAAUUUAUAAACGUCCAAUCAAGAAACCAGGGAACUUG